UGCGUGGAAUGUGAAUCCGGUUUGGGGGAGUGUUGUCAUGGGUGUUGUCCCGAGGCAGUGUCGCUUUCCAUUUCCUUGAUAUUUCUUCUCGUGAAGAGAGCCUGCGGGUUAAUAACUGUAAUUUUCUUAGACUAUGAAUCUUAUGUGAUUAAAAUAGUCCGAAAUGACAAAAUUUAAAUCAACCAAAACAGUGUUUGUGGAGAUCAACAAUGGCUCUAACCUGAAUUUCACUGAAGUCGACCAGGCUGAACUACCAGAUUUAGAGCGGAAUAGUGUUCUCAUUCAAGUGAAAGCUUGCAGUCUUUCAAGCUGGCUUCAUUGUUGUGGAAAUGUGGGAAAGGACCCGGCAACAGAAGUGCUAUGUCAGGCCAUUGGCAAGAUUGGUGGCAAUCCUAAUAAAUCGUGUAAAUUGCCUGCCGGCCAGGACAUAGCUGGAGUUGUAAAGGCUGUGGGCGAAGACGUGACCACACUGGCCAAAGGAGAUUAUGUUGUCGGUAUUAUUCCACUGGACUAUGGACAGUCAGGUUGUGCUGAUUUUGUAGUGUUACAAGAAUUUGAUGUGGUUCACAUACCAGAUGGGGUGAGCUUUGUCGAUGCUGCUGGCUGUGUAGGGGAUGCUGUCAAAGCAUACAUAGCCCUUCAUUACAUGGGCCGUCUUGGUGGAUCUGAUGAUACAGUUUUGGUACUGAAUGGUGCCACAUCUUUGGGAUCAACAUUGCUUCAAUUAGCCCAUCAUUGGGGCGCCAGAGUCAUGACCAGUUGUUCAUCAAAUGAUGAGAAAACUUACAUUCAGAGUUUGGGUGUGCCAUUGUUGCAGGUUGUUGAGUUGAAUGAGAAGAACCAAAGCCUGAAAGCUGCUUGCAAUGCAGAAACAGGCAACUUGGGUGUUAAUAUAAUUAUUGACACAAUUGCAUCACUGCCCACACAAAUGGACUCAAACAUUAUUGAGGAAGAAAAGGUAGAGCCUUUGGUGCGUCCAACCAAACAUGAUAUAAUUUCUUGUUUAGCAGUCGGUGGACGUUGGGUGACAUGUGAACCCAAUCUCCAGCUGGAUCCCCCCAAUUCCAAGCUGUUAUUUUUAAGAUGUGCCAGUGUGGGGUUCCUUUGUGAACAGGCUUGGAUGUUAUCUCACGCCCAGCAAGGCCGAUAUCAGCACAUUCUAAUGGACAUCAUGAGGAAAGUGGGAACGGGAAUUAUUCGACCUAAUAUCCAUCAUACGGUGACAUUUGAUGGCGUUAAAGACGCAUUAAAGCACCUGCCAAAAAUCCGGGUAGGGAAAGUGGUUCUAACUUUGUAAGUUCUGUUGAUGUGAAAAAACUACUUCAUUCCUUGUCAAAGAAUACUGAUCACCUCAAACCAUGAUUUCAGACCAGAUUUAUUUGUUUUGUUUCUGUUAGUGUUUGUAAUAAAGACCUUAAAAGCAA